GACAUUUAAAAUAUUCCCUCACCUGCGGGUCAUCGCAUCACCGCUCUUAGACUUUUCCCCAUCAAGCAUCAUCUCUCUCUCUCCCCCAGCACGAACUUCCGAUUCUCUUCAUUUCCCUUUCACUCUCUCUCUCUCUCAUCAUCUCCGAUUCGUCAUCCUCGGAGGCCAUAGAUGUACCCCUCGACCUCAUCUUCACCCUCUCAGAAGCCGACCGGCCUGACUCGGUACGGUUCGGCUCCGAGCUCGCUCCUAGCCAACGCCGUCGACGCCGUCAUCGCACCGGAGCGCGAGUUCGGUGCCGUCCUCAGAUCGACACCUUCGCUGCUCGCCGGUGGCCACGGCCACGUCCACAGCCACAACAACUACUUCUCCGGCGACUCGUCGUCGAUCACCACGGAGUCAACCUGCAAGGUCAACUCUUCCUCCGAACAUCAGCAUCAGCACAAGGCCUUGCACAGAUCGCACGGCCUCAACGAGAUAGCCGCGAGGAUCGGAUCUUCGUCUUCUUCUUCGUCGUCGGCGGAUUCUCCAUCUUCUUCGUUGCUCCGGCAGAGGAGUUCUCCGGCGGGAUUCCUCAGCCAUCUCACUGCUGCUCAUGAUAAGAACGCAGCGGGGUUUUCACUUACAAGGGGAACUGGAGGUUAUGGCUCCCAAGGUGGCGAUAAUUGUGGACAUGGAGUGUCAAGGUUGAAGUCUCAAUUGAGCUUCACCAGACAAGAUUCUCUUUCUCAAAUUUCUGAAGUAAGUGAAGAUGUUAUUGAUGGCGUCAACUCCGAUAAUGGCCACCAUAACGCCACACAUUCUUUUGCAACUAGCUUUGGAAUGGACUCCUGGGACAAUACGAAUUCUAUCGUCUUUUCUGCUCCACCAGGCAAACGAGCUAAGACUAUGGACGGAGACUUCUAUAACUGUCUUAAUGUUUUAGAAUCUCAGUUUAGCCUUCCACAGACAACUCUAGAAAUGGCAGCAGUGGAGAAGCUACUUCAAAUCCCUGAGGAUUCUGUUCCCUGCAAAAUUCGAGCCAAGCGAGGUUGUGCAACGCAUCCACGAAGUAUUGCUGAAAGGGAGAGAAGAACUAGAAUAAGUGGGAAAUUGAAGAAACUCCAAGAGCUUGUUCCAAACAUGGAUAAGCAAACAAGCUAUGCAGACAUGUUGGAUUUGGCUGUACAACAUAUCAAGGGUCUUCAAGACCAAGUCCAGACGCUCAACAAAGAACUUGAGCAUUGCACCUGCUGUUGUAAACAAACUACGUAAGAGUUCUCUAAUGAUAGUAAUGGCUUCACAACAUAGAGGUUCAUAAAGUGGGGCAUCAGACCAAUUUUGUUGCCAUCAUAAGCUUGAUAAAGGAAGUUGUCCUUGGAUACUUCGUAGUGAUUUGAAUCUGCUGGAAAUUCUUGCAAUAAAUAUGUAUAUAUUACGAAGUAACCGUCAUGUAAGUUCGUGAGUGAAUUGAAGUUUGUUUCUUUCGCUGAAGGAAAUGUGGCAAAAAACGCAGUUAUUCUUUUCCUUGUAUUAUACUUUUGUUUGUAUGUUAAGCUUAAAUUUUUUACUCUAAGAUGGCAUGAAGAAAAUGUGUAACAUUGAGGAUAAGUUGUUGAUGCUAAUUAUUGAGUCACAAUUACCCUUUUGUUUU